CGGUCCCGUCAGUAGGCCUGCCGCAACGCAGCAGUGAGCGCGCCUUCUAUCUUGAGUGAGGGUGCGCGUACCCCGAAGAUCGGUCGAUCGGUUGGACCUCUCCCUGGGCGACCGGCAGCUCUGAUCCGGUCGCCGAUUCCUCGCGCGAGUGACCCGAAUCGUCGGUCAGCUGAUUGUGUAACCGACCGAUCGACCUCGAUCGAGACGAUCGACUCUAGUGACCAGUGCAUUCGUGAAAGUGGACCACCCCCGCGCAGUAUUGUACACGUCUUCUUUCUUCAGAUAGAGAGAGAGAGAGAGAGAAAGAGAAAAGGAGAGAGAGGUUGUACUUGGCACGACACCGUCGACCGCUGACUCGAAGCACAAUCUGCCAAAAACGGAACCGCGUUGCUAAGUCUCCGUUUCGACGGAGACGGAAAUGGAUCCCUGCGAAUGGACGGGUGAUGUAACGCGCGGAUAAGCGACUUUUCACCCCGCGACGGUCGACAACCGUCGAUGACCUUUGUGCACCUCGAGAUCGCCUCGGAUUGAUUAAUUAAUUCGCUGAUCUCGAUCAUUUUCCACUUUAGCAGAACUCUUUUCUCCUCUGAAAGUGCACUUGCCGUGAGCGCGGCAAGGUGAAAUUCGCGAGGGGGUGAAAAAUGCGUAACGACCAAGGCAGGCGGUAAUCCCGGUGCCGAAGCAGACUGGUGCGACGCAAAGCAUCCCCGAGACCCGACGGCGAAUGCGUCUACGUAGCGGGGUGGGCAUUAACGUCCGACGUUAUCGCAGCCGACGGCACGAGUUCAGCUGAACUUAUCGAUUUUUCCGUCCCGUUCACGUUCUCGCAAACAUCAUUACGUCAUUAUUGCCGGCGGGCGAUGACGGCGUGCGAUCCAGUCGUGUAUGAAGCGGCCGCCAAUCGACCGUGCGAGGACGUGCAAUUACGCGAUCGAGCAACCCCGUUAAACGACGAUGUGGCUGAACUUUGCGCGCAUAAAUAACGCGCGUAAUCGUGCGGCAGCCCUUAAGGAGUUACGCGACUUACUUAUAAUCCUCAGUUUUACGUCGGUUGUCUAUCAGCAACAACAGCAGCAGCAGCAGUAGCAGAGAAGGCAGCAGAGAGAAAGAGAUAGAGAACAAAAGAGGGAGCGAGAGAGAGAGAGAACAAGAGAGUGCCUCGCGUGCUCCGCGAACUGCACUUAAGCCUCCUCUCAAAGCGCAGGUCGUGCCCCCAUCCACCUCGCUCGUUACCGUUAAAAGUGUAUAUCGGACGCCGAGUUUUAUCGGAGGUCGCCGUGAAAAUAGGCUGCGGGGAAGACACCGGGGAGGAGGGGGGCAGGGUCCGUCAGCUGCGGGUCAAAUCGACGCGACGGAUCUCACCGUCAUCCGUCCCCUCGCGUUGCCCUCGUGAUCGACGGGGGACGCGCCCGCCGUGUCCGUGAUUGUCUGGAUGACCUGACGGAUCUCUGGCCUUCCUGCACCUCCUCAUCAUCAUCCUCUUCCUCCUCCUUCUUCUCUGCUUCCUUCAUCUCCGCUUCCUCCUCCGCUUUCUUGCCGUCCACGGGAUUCGUCUCUCUCUCUCGUCGAAAGUUAUCAGCCGCGUCGGCCGCCACUUGAGCACGGGGAUUUUGAAGGAGGACGAUAUCUGCACCAUUCCCGACGCCGAGGGUGGAAGAGAGCAAGGAUCCCGCACAAUGGGGAGGAUGCUUUUGCUGAUGAGCUUGCUGACCCGUUUCGUCGUGGCGGAAGUUCUGCUCGGCGACGUCGACGAGCCACUGCCUGUGCUGGACGUCAGCGCGGUGGCCGGCUUCAAAGCUCGGAUGCCCUGCGACAUCGAUCCACCGAUUAAAGACGAGACGGUCAUCAUGGUAUUUUGGUACAAAGAUGAAAAGGACGGCGAGCCGAUAUACAGCGUGGACGCUCGGGGGCGGCAGAUAACGCAGGCGAAGCUUUGGUCGCACCCGUACGUGUUCGGUGAAAGGGCGGUUAUGAGGACGAACGUGAAGCCCGCCGAGCUGGAGAUAGAGCCCCUCGAGUCCACGGAUAGUGGCGUGUACAGAUGCAGGGUGGAUUUCAAGAACAGCCCCACGAAGAAUCAGAAGAUCAAUCUGGCGGUCGUAGUGCCGCCGAAAAAGCCGGUGAUCUACACCGGCGCUAGCAGGAUCCUGGCUAAGAUAUUGCAGCCGCUUAACGAGGGAAGCGAGAUGUCCCUAUUGUGCGAGGUGAUCGGAGGGUCGCCGCCGCCAAAGGUCACCUGGUAUUUCGAGGGCAAAGUCCUGGACGACACGUACACGCACGAGCACGAGGAUAUAACGAUAAAUCGACUGGAUAUCUCGAAGGUCACGAGGGACUUCCUGAGGGCCAGGUUAAUUUGCAAGGCGAACAACACUCAGCUCAUGACACCACUGACCUCCGAGAUCAUCCUCGACGUGAACCUGAAGCCGCUGGUGGUCAACAUUACGAGUAAACGAUCCCAUUUAUCGGCAUUAAGAACCUACGAGAUCGAGUGUCUCAGCUCAGGUUCCAGGCCGGAGGCAGUGAUCACCUGGUGGAAGGGGACUCAUCAAGUCAAACACAUGGCCAGAAAUUUUGCAGACAGUCCGAACGUCACGAGAAGCGUGCUGAGCUACGUGCCGACCAUCGAGGACGACGGGAAAUUUCUGAUGUGCCGGGCGGAGAAUCCCGUGGUGCCCAACAGUGCCUUAGAGGACAAGUGGCAUUUGCUGGUGUAUUACGCGCCGGUAGUGAGCAUCAAGUUGGGGUCGAGUCUGAGGGCGAACGACAUAAACGAGGGCGACGACGUGUACUUCGAGUGCGACAUCCGGGCGAAUCCUAGGUCCUAUAAGCUGCUGUGGUUCAAAGAUGGCAAGGAGUUGCAUCAGAAUACCACAGCAGGUAUAAUCCUCCCUGGUGGACAGUCGCUGGUGUUGCAGAGCGUCACGAAGGCUUCCGCCGGCGAGUACUCGUGCAUGGCGGCCAACGUCGAAGGAAAGUCCAUCAGCCGACCUGUCACCCUCGAAGUGAUGUACGCGCCGAUCUGCAAGGACGGAACUUCCACCCAAGUGGUCGGCGCCCUGAAGCACGAGACGAUCUCGCUGGUCUGCGGCGUGCAGUCGAAACCACCGCCGAUCACCUUCUUCUGGACCUUCAACAACUCGGGCGAGUUGAUGAGCAUGCCCGCGACGAGAUUCGCGCAUGUCAAGCAGCCGAGCUUCACCAACAACUGGCACUGGCACGGCUCCAGGUUGAAUCACACGCUGAAAACCGACAUGGACUAUGGCACGGUCGCCUGCUGGGCGAGGAAUCGGAUCGGGGAGCAGAGGACGCCCUGUCUCUUCCAGAUAAUCGUCGCCGGGAAGCCCUAUCCCUUGCAGAACUGCACGGCCCUCCAGUCGACCGGACCCUACGCGCAUCGAAUGGGUCACGAGGACUUUAAAGCCACCGACUCGAGGGACGCGGACUGGCUGAUCGUCAGAUGUGCGGAGGGUUUCGACGGCGGUUUGCCGUUGAUUAAUUACGAGCUGGAGAUCUACAGCGAGGAGAACGAUUAUCAUGUCAAUACCAUUUACCUGAACCGCACCGACAGAUUCGCCUCGCCAGGCCCGGUCUUCGAGAUCUCCGGCCUCGAGCCGGGACGGAAUUACCGGCUUCAUCUUUACGCCGUCAACGCCAAGGGCCGCAGCGAUCCCGUUGUUCUGGAACCGGUCACGCUCAAAGGGGUAGCGAUGUACACCACCGGUCGCGGCAUCGCGGACGAGACGACCGACUACAGCCUCCUGGUGGCAUUCUUCGCUGGCGGGAUUACCGCGAUCUGCAUCCUGAUCGUCGGGGUCACGCUGACUCUGUACCGGCGCAAUCAUCCGACGCGGACGAUUAAGAGCCAGCCGGCGGAGCCGCCGUCGACGCGCUACGAGUAUAAGGAGGACCGAUCGGCGUCGUCGGCGCCGAGUUCGACGAACGACGCUCAACACCCGGACGACCUGAAGCAGCAGAUAAACGCGGAAAUGCCGGACGACGAUCCUGACGUGAUACCCAGCAAGGCGGUGGAGAGGCGACCGGACAUCUUCGAGCCGGACUACGCGUCCAGCAGGCCGUCCGAGCGGCCGAAGGACUUCCGGUAUCACGAGGAGCUGGACUACCCGUCGCCGUCGUCGGUGCUGCACGCUAAGGAUUCCUGGAUCUACCCCAACGGCUAUGCGGAGAAGGGCGAGAAGAGCCUGAGUCCGUUACGGCCCAGCACGCUGCCGGUGCAUCGCACGCACGACAUUUACACGAGGAGUUCGCGGGUUCAGGAGAGCUGUAUAUAGACUCAAGGGAGCGAGCAGGAGAGGUCAAAGGGUGCAGACCCUUCGGAGACGGCCGCCAAAAAGGCUGUCGUGAUUCGUGAGUCGAACGCGAUUCGAGACGCGACGCUUGUACAUAGACAAUAAGUACCAUUAAGGGCCCACUUCCAAAAGAGCGACCUCACCGUCGACAUUCCUAUUCUUGUUUUUCACCUAGAGCUAAGGGGGUAGCUGUUAGCUUCGUUCCAAGGGGGACGUGAUGCCAGAAGGGUGGCCCCGUAGCGCGGUAAUGCGCGUGUACAGAGACAAUAAUUUCCGCCGUUGAAAAGAGACGUAUUUCCCCGUCACCUUUCUCUCGUUCUCUUUCUCUCACCCUCUCCCUCUCUCUCUCUCUCUCUCUCUUUCUCCCCUUUAUCCCUCGUCGGAAGCCUUCCCGUAAAAUACUGUCCGAACGCGAACGUCUCUGGGCGUGUAUGUCGGUUUUCUCUACAGAUGUCAUGUUCUGUCGUGCUUCGUGGUUCAUUCGAUGGUCAAAUGAAUAUUAUGUAAACGUUUGUAUAUACGAGUAAUAAAUCUUGUUGUUUAAUAUGCA